AUGCUGUCAAGUGAUGUGAUCUUAAUCAUUUUCUUCCUGGCUCAGACUGGGAUUGGGCUCUUGGGGAAUUGCACCCUGUUCAUGAUGUAUGUCAGUGUCAUCAUAUCUCAGCCCCAUCGGAAGAAGUCCACGGACCUGAUUCUGACCCACCUGACCAUGGCCAACAUGGUGACACUGCUCACCCAGGCUGCCCCAGGCAUGGUGAUGGCUUUUGGGUUGAAGACUCUCGUGGAUAACAUUGGGUGUCAGAUCGUGCUGUACAUGAGGAGAGUGGCCCGGGGUCUGUCCAUCUGCACCACAUGUCUCCUGAGCGUGUUCCAGGCCAUCACCAUCAGCCCCAGCACCUCCCUCUGGGCCCGGCUCAAAUCCAGAGCCCCCAAAUGCAUUCUCCCUUCCUUCCUCUUCUUCUGGAUCCUCAACAUGUUGGUAGAUAUGAAUUUUCUGAAAUCAGUUGUUGUCCCUAGUAAUGUCACCAUCAUUCUUCAUGGCUAUUAUAGAAAAUCCUGUUCUAGUUCGCUUCGCGUUAUAUUUUUCAAUGAGGUUGCAUUUAUGAGUGCCAUGACUAUGCGAGAUCUGAUCUUCAUGAUCCUCAUGAGCUGGGCCAGUGGCUACAUGGUUCUUGUGCUCUACCAACACCGUAAACAAGUCGAGCACAUCCACAGCACCAGCCUUUCCCCAAAAUCCUCAGCAGAAACCAGAGCCACCCAGACCAUCCUGCUGCUCGUCACCUGCUUUGUUUGCUUUUAUUGCAUCAACAGUGGCAUUGUGCUUUUAAAUUAUACAGAUGAAAAAGACCUGAUACUGUAUGAUGUGGCAACCUUCUUAGGUGCCUGCUAUGCCUUCCUCUGUCCCUUGGUCCUGAUCAGCAGUGAUCCCCGGGUCCCCAGGCCGCAGUGUGGGCCCAUGAAGAUGUCAGAACUUUCUGCUUCUGUAGAUCCCUGUGGGGAACCACAAAUUACCUUCUUGUCUAAUUCUCUGUCAAUACCCCCACUAUGA